AGAGAGGGGGAAGACAGAGGUCUGGAUAAUCUUCUCCUUGAUUGCCGAGGCCUUGUUGCAACCACGUCUGGUUGUUGUUGUUGCAAUUGCGAGUGAGUGAGAGAAAGAGCCUGCGCAAUUCUCAAGAGCUGAGGGCUGAGGAGGACGGAUUGAGUAGAAAGAGUUCAAGUGAUGGCGAUGAUGUUGCAAGCAUGCACUCUGGCGACGCCCAGCGUCGUCUCGCUUGCAUCUUCUUUCAAGGGUUUGUCGCUCAAGUCGACGACCAGCGUGUCAUUCUCGGCCAUCCAGGUGAAGCCUGCUGCGAGUAGGAAGCUUGUCGUGCAGCCCGUCGCUGCCGCUGGUUACAAGCUCAAGUCUCACAAGGCUUCUGCCAAGAGGUUCGGUGUAACAGGCAGCGGGAAGAUAACCAGGAGGUGUGCGGGAAGGGCUCAUCUUCUGAGGAAGAAGUCCACCAAGCGAAAGAAUCGGCUGGCGGGCAAGACCGAGGUGAAGCAUUGCGAUUGGCAGAACGUCAUUGGUGCCUUGCCAUACCUGAAGACAAAGAAGCAGUAGAUUUGUGGCUUUGUACGUUGGUAGUCAUGACUAGGUCAGGCACCUUUAGAAAAGGCAAAGGUCUAAAUUCACCGUCACGGCAACCUAUGCCAUGAUGUAACAUUUUUCAUCAACUCUGUUGUUUUUUAUUUAAAUUUUUUUGCACACGAUAAUAAUAUGUUUCUCUCAUCGCUAAUUCAAA